AUGCGGUGGGGGGGGUGGGUCGGAAUGCGGGGGGGGGGGGGGGGGGGGGGGGGGGGGGGGGGGGGGGGGGGGGGGGGGGGGGGGGGGGGGGGGGGGGGGGGGGGGUGGGGGGGGGGGGGGGGGGGGGGGGGGGGGGGGGGGGGGGGGGCGGGGGGGGGGGGGGGGGGGGGGGGGGGGGGGGUGGGGGGGGGGGGGGGGGGGGGGGGGGGGGGGGGGGGGGGGGGGGGGGGGGGGGGGGGGGGGGGGGGGGGGGGGGGGGGGGGGGGGGGGGGGGGGGUGGGGGGGGGGGGGGGGGGGGGGGGGGGGGGGGGGGGGGGGGGGGGGGGGGGGGGGGGGGGGGGGUGGGGGGGGGGGGGGGGGGGGGGGGGGGGGGGGGGGGGGGGGGGGGGGGGGGGGGGGGGGGGGGGGGGGGGGGGGGGGGGGGGGGGGGGGGGCGGGGGGGGGGGGGGGGGGGGGGGGGGGGGGGGGGGGGGGGGGGGGGGGGGGGGGGGGGGGGGGGGGGGGGGGGGGGGGGGGGGGGGGGGGGGGGGGGGGGGGGGGGGGGGGGGGGGUGGGGGGGGGGGGGGGGGGGGGGGGGAGGGGGGGGGGGGGGGGGGGGGGGGGGGGGGGGGGGGGGGGGGGGGGGGGGGGGGGGGGGGGGGGGGGGGGGGGGGGGGGGGGGGGGGGGGGGGGGGGGGGGGGGGGGGGGGGGGGGGGGGGGGGGGGGGGGGGGGGGGGGGGGGGGGGGUGGGGGGGGGGGGGGGGGGGGGGGGGGGGGGGGGGGGGGGGGGGGGGGGGGGGGGGGGGGGGGGGGGGGGGGGGGGGGGGGGGGCGGGGGGGGGGGGGGGGGGGGGGGGGGGGGGGGGGGGGGGGGGGGGGGGGGGGGGGGGGGGGGGGUGGGGGGGGGGGGGGGGGGGGGGGGGGGGGGGGGGGGGGGGGGGGGGGGGGGGGGGGGGGGGGGGCGGGGCGUGA